AUUCACCACUACCUAUACUCGCACUCGCACUCUCCCUCUCUGCAACAACCACUCUGCUCUCUCCCUCUACAAUGAGUACUCGAACGGGGUCACACCAGCUGAGCAGUGGCUUGUACGUUUCGGGUCGACCCGAACAGCUCAAGGAACGCCAACCCACAAUGGCGUCGCGUGCUGUUCCGUACACCGGAGGCGACGUGAAGAAGUCCGGCGAGCUCGGGAAAAUGUACGGCAUCGGCAUGGACCACGGCUCCUCUGUGCCUGUGGGCCCACCUCCACUGAAACCCUCACGGCCGUCGUCAUCAUCGCAGCACAGCAGUGGAUCUGUCAGAUCCGGCCCAAACUCCGGCCAAGUCGGAUCCAAAUCGUCAAACUCUGGUCCGAUCCCCAAGAAAUCAUCCUCCUCCUCUGGACCCUUGACGCCACUCCAGCCCACCGGAUUAAUCACCUCCGGCCCGUUGAGCUCGUCGGCGGGACGCCGGUCUGGUCAAUUAGAGUCGUCCAAUUCCAAUUCAAUGAAAAAGGUCAUAUAUGGGUCCGCAGUGACAAGCUUGAGUGAAGAUGUAAAACUCGGGUUUAAGCUGUCGAAGCUUGCAAUGUGGGUGUUUUUUGUGGUGGUUGUGAUGGGUUUGGUGGUCGGAGCGUUUCUGACGGUGGCGGUGAAGAAGGUGGUGAUUUUGGUUGCGGUGGCGGCCAUUUUGGCGCCGGUGGUGGUGGGAAUUCUGUGGAAUUAUGGUUGGAAAAGGAAGGGUUUGUUAGGAUUUCUGAAGAGGUACCCUGAUGCUGAGCUUAGAGGUGCCAUUGAUGGACAGUACGUCAAGGUCACGGGGGUUGUCACCUGUGGGAGUAUUCCUCUUGAAUCAUCUUUCCAGAGGGUACCAAGAUGUGUAUAUGCUUCCACAGAAUUGUAUGAAUACAGAGGUUGGGGUGGAAAAUCUGCAAAGCCUAAACACCGUUUCUUCUCUUGGGGAUGUAGACAUUCAGAGAAACACGUAGCUGAUUUUUACAUAUCAGACUUCCAGUCUGGGUUAAGAGCUCUAGUGAAAGCAGGUUAUGGGGCUAAGGUUGCUCCAUUGGUAAAGCCAACUACAAUUGUCGAUAUAACAAAGGAAAAAGAGUUAUCUCCGGGUUUUUUACGCUGGCUUGCUGACCGCAGCCUCUCAAGUGAUGACCGUGUAAUGCGCCUUAAAGAAGGAUAUAUCAAAGAAGGAAGCACAGUCAGUGUGAUGGGGGUUGUCCAACGCCAUGAUAAUGUGCUCAUGAUUGUUCCACCCGCAGAACCCAUUUCAACGGGCUGUCAGUGGUCCCGUUGCCUCCUUCCAACCUAUAUUGAGGGUCUUAUUUUAACGUGUGAUGAGAGUCAAAAUGUUGAAGCAAUUCCUGUGUAGAUAUGUACUCAUUUCAACCUCCAUCUGCAAUGAAUCAUGCUUAUAUAUUUGAGGAGUAACUCCUAAAGAAAGCAUCACACACGACCAGACCACAUUGUCCAUAUUUCCCAGGAUCUUAGUGUUUGUAAAUCGGCAAAGAAGAUGAAGAGAUCUUAUAAUUCCUAUGGAUAGUCUUGUGGUGGGUCUACAUUAUGCUUUGCAGUUCUAAUGGAACUGGUAAGGGAAAGAAGCUUUUCCCUCCCAGGAGCGGCUAAAGUUGUGCUGUACUGAUAUUACACCAUUUUGAUUCAGCUGAUUUAAUGUACAUAACUGGUUUUCUGUAUGCAUGUGGAAGUAAUUUGUUUUUUUUUUCUUUCCAAGUGGCCUCAAUUGUAGUAUGAGUAUAAAGAUCGAUAUCUGUAGUUUUGGUUAUGGAAUGUAUUCUAUUUGAUUUUUUGUAUUACAACAUAUGAAUCGGUCAAGUGUCUGCAUGUAAAGCAAAGUUCUUCAGAAAGACAGGUUUUGUUCAGGCCCUUGACGCCACUGAAGCUGAUGUUUAUUGUUUCC